AGCCGAGUCGUCUCCACGUGGUGUCAAAGAAACUCGUCUGGUAGCUGUCGGGAGCAGCAAGUGCAGCCACCGACACCGCAAACAACACGAUCCCCGACAACCCCAGCGAUACCAUGUACUGACAGGAUCAUUGCAGUCAAGACAAUAACAGAACUGUCUCUCCCUUUCCCCCCUCUUUCCCACUCUCUCCUCUCUCUCUCUCUCCAGGAAGAAGGAUACAAAGAAGAGGACCACUUGGUGGUGCUUGACAGUGCCGGCAAGUCCCAAAACGGCCACCAGGAAGAGUAUGCUGGCACACACGGCCAGUCCAGCCAGAAUACUAGGGUCCGUGAAGUAGGAGAUCGCCUUUGAGGCAACGACAACUCCGAUGAGAAACAGCGCCAGGGCCUGGGGGCCGGAAGAAUUGCGUUAGAAGCCUGGUGGAGCCUUUGGACAAGCGUGAAAGGCUAUGCGGGGGUUAUAAUCGCGUAACUUACGAUGUAGAAGACGUUGAGGAGGACCAGGCAGCAUCUUAUGGCCGAAAAACCGCACAGCCUGACUGCCAUAGUACUGUCUCGGGUCCGUAGAAUGCUGACUCAGCAGUAAGAUCAUCCGUUAUAAAUUUCGACGGUGGACCCGUCGUAAUUUUUGCCGGAAUUGUUUGACCGCACUCUCGCGAGAAUCAACCCGUUGACAGUUAGUCUAAGUUGUCAGUGCAGUUUGUAGGGACCAGAAGAAAGAGAAAUGAAAGCAUUGAGGCGAAUGGACGUGUAGUAGCGGCAGGAGAGAGCGCGGCGCUAGCUAUCUCCUUCUUCUCUACUGACGUAUGUCUCUCCCUCCCCUGCAGGACAAGAUAACAGAGGACCAACAAGUUGAAUUCAGGGACGCCUUCUCCCUGUUUGACAAGCGAGGGGACGGGAAGAUAGAUUCCGAUCAGGUUGGAGACGUUCUUCGAGCCCUCGGUCUGAACCCCACCGAGGUCGACGUCAAGAAAAUUGUCCAGGAAAUCGACCCAGACGGCCGAAAGCGAGUUAGUUUCGAGGAGUUUCUCCCGAUCUACAACUCGGUGAGCGGGAAGAAGGAGCAGGGGAGUAUGGAGGACUUCAUCGAGGGUCUGAAGGUCUUCGACAAGGAGGGCAACGGAUUCAUCAACUCUGCAGAACUGCGACAUGUCCUCACAAGCCUCGGAGAGAAACUGACAGAUGAAGAGGUGGACCAGCUGCUCCAGGGUGCCGAGGACUCCCAAGGCCAAGUAAAUUAUGAAGAUUUUGUCAAGAUGGUAUUGGCAGGAUAGGUGUCAUCUGGCCACAGAAGCUGAUGGGACUUAUUUUUACUUCCACUGAUGUUGUGCUGCACUGUAGAGAUUGGUAGCAUAAUGUAGCCCUGUUUGCACAUGUGCAAAUAUUAUGUCAACACACACAGAUGUCUGUAUACUAGUUCUAUUUCUUCUUUGAUUGUACUCAAUAAACUGCUGCGUAUUUAGACUGCCAUUGUUAUAAUUAUUGCACGUCUCCCGCACGCGCAGUCAUAAAACCUUGCUUGUACAAUGUUACAAUGAACGUCACUAGAUUGUGUAUGUACAAGUAACCACUCUGAGUCACAUUACUCUAUGGAAAUCCUGCUCUCCCUGCUUCUUUUAUCGGGAACAGAGCUGAGUACAUGACAAAACUAAAAACAGUGGAACAUUCCUGCUACAAUAUACCACCACAACUUUAUAAAGACCUAAAUUACCACUGUUUGAAGCCAUAAUUACUGUAUAUAUAAUUAUACUGUAGUUUUAGUACUGUGUCAAUCUUCUAUGAUAGUGGAUUACAAAGCUCGGCAUGCAAGGCACCACCAUUAAGAUGGAAUGGAGAGCCAUCAAUGGAAACUUGGCAUGCAGUGCGCUGUGUGAAUAGUAUGAGAAGACAGGAUCUACCAUUACCUUGUCCACCACGACCGAAACUUACGUAUCGCCCCAGCAACACAGGUGAUCUCAUUUCACUGAAAAUUGUGGAGAGAGAGAAAGAGAGAGAGAGAGAGAGACGAGCAGAAACAUCACUGGAGUAUGUAACUUACAAAAAUCAGGAUAAGAAACGGAAAAAAGAUGCUCUUGUUUGUGAGAUAAGUGAAACGGACUUGUUACACACAAUUGCGUACCAUUGAGUCAGUAUGAAUAAUUACACAUUACCAACAUGUCACUAUGUUGGUGGGGGGGGAUGUCCUCUGCAAUUGGCCACCAAUCAAAGGGCUGGCAAUGGGGGAGAGAGAGACAGUAAGUCGCACAAAUAGAGGGACACACAAACAAACAAACAUAUAAUACAUUUUGCUCUCGAGUUGUUUGGUGCAAGUCAACAUCUGGUGUGUUUGAACGCUGUUUUCUGGUCGAAUUGCGCUAAACCUGUCCCGAUUUUAGACUGCACUGUGCACAGAACUCAAGAGAAACGCUUUCUUUUGACACGUGGAGACAGAUGCCACCAGAGUGUGAACCAAUAGCGUUUGAACCACCUCUAGAUCUCUUGGUUGGCGGGAGCAAUGUCGACGAAGAAGAGGAGGUAGAAGCAGAGUCGACGGCAGAUUCUCCUGGCCUCUUCCGCGAGAAAGAACUGGUGAGAUUGACACCCGGAAUGCCUGGAAUGUUCUUGAUGAGCGUGGACAGUGUGCUUUGAUUGGCCAAGACGCUCCGCAGGUAGGCCACCUCGGUCUCCAGUUUCCUGUUCCGGUUUUGGAGCUCCGUGCAUCUCGUUUUAAGCACGACAUUAUCUGCUCGCAAUCGAGACCGGUCCUGCUCAAGCUCCUCCAUGUACUUCUUCUUCUUGAGUCGGUUCUGGCGCGCAGCCUCGGCAUUCUUGCGGCUCUUGUCCAUCGAGACGAGAGGCCCGUUGUUCUUGGAGAUGGCUCUAGAGGCACUGUUGGCCGGUGGCGAAGGAGAAUCGAGGUCAAAAUCGGAACUAAACAUGCUGUUUCGGCGGUUUGUGGGGCGUAUUUGAGGAACGGAAUCUAGGCUGAGGGGAGAGGAGUCAUUGUCCAGGGUCCCGACGGUGAGGGGGGCGGGUACAGUCGCGGCUGCGAGGGGGGAGAGGGAGAAAGAGCCUGAACUGGUAGGCUGCCCGCACGCGAGAAAGUCAAAGUCAGAGAUAUUUUCCCCGAUGAACAAACCGGCCAACAACUGGUCCUCUUCUGGUUUGACCAGUCCCGGCGCCGUGGAGAACCCGGAGUCGAUGCUCUGCGUGCUCCCCUCGUCCGAGGUAGGGGAGUCGAGCGGUGAGUCACCGCAGCUACUAGCGCUGGUUGAAAUCUCACACGUACCAGUCACUUGUAGUAGCGGAACCACAGACACUCCGCCGUCUUCCUCGGCCAGGAGGGCGUCCAGAGCGCGGCUGCAGUCCCAGUCGGCCAGAGAGGAGUAUAUCCCUGUAGACCUGGCCAAGAAGGAACGCGUUGCCUAGAGGGGACGGGGAGAGGCUCGGGAGGUUACCGGCAAAAGAGAGAGAGGCACAAAUACAGGACAAAGAACUACAGCGCCCUAACAAGCUGGUCUAGAGAAACCUGGAGGGAGGACAUGGCUGGGAGUACCAACGACGCCUCCAACUUGGUUUCUUCCUGGGACCCCUUCGCAAACAAGUGGAGCAGAGAGAACUACAGCGCCGAGAGCGUCGUGAGGACCAAAAAAGAUCUAGCCGAGAUCUUCAGAGAGAAGCCUCAUGGCAUCCACGCAGCUCCUAACGAUGAUGACAUCGCCACAAUUCAUGGACUCGUGGUGGGGCCGGUUGGAACCCCUUACGAGGGGGGCCUGUUUCAUUUCCUCCUGCGGACACCCCCAACGUACCCUUACGAGCCGCCCCGAGUGAAAUUGCUCACAACGGGCGGCGGGACCGUUAGGUUCAACCCCAACCUAUACAUGAACGGAAAAGUCUGUCUCAGCAUUAUAGGAACGUGGCCAGGACCAGCGUGGACUGCGGCACAGUCGCUGUUGAGUGUUCUGGUGUCGAUCCAGAGCCUAAUGAACGAGAGACCCUACCACAACGAGCCCGGAUACGAGAAGGAGAUGGAAGUGGGAGCAGCAGACAAGUACAACGACAUCAUAGCCUACGAGACACUUCGUGUGGCAGUCUGCGAGACUAUGGAGAACUUCAGUACACAAUACCCGGCCAUGCUGACCAAACCGCUCAAACAACUCUUCCGUGAUCGCAUUCCUUUCUACAUCACCCGGGCAACGCAGCUGUCAGAGAGAUUGGAUGGGCAAACUUCACAGGACGUGUUUACUGGCAACAAAGUCACAUUCAACUUCAAUUCCGUAAUUGAAAGACUCCAGAAGCUAAAACAGACAAUUUAGGCGCAACAUCUGUCUUUUUCACCAACCGUGAUUUUUCACACAAUUUUUAACAUCAAGUUUUUGAUUCCCUGACAUCUAAUAUUAUAAACACACACACACACACACUAAUA